UCCAAUGGUUACCGCUCAAAAAAUCUUCUUGGAACGAAUGAGGAAAUAAUGUGGUACAUAACAAUCAAUAUUCCAUUCAAAUACGCACCAGUAAACAAGAUGGCAAACUCAGAUAAGGAUAUCUCCUACUCUGACCUUAAGGCCCUCCUGACCAAGAGCAACAAGGGUCUUCUGGUGGUUGAUGUAAGGACAAAAGAGGAGGUAGACAGAGGACACAUUCCAGGAUCAAUCCAUAUUCCAGUUGAUACAGUGGAGAGUGCCCUAGCGCUGGACCCUGCUGAGUUCCAGGCCAAAUAUGGGGUGCCCAAACCCCCCCUGGAUACCCCUGAGCUGGUGUUUCACUGUCAGAUGGGCCGGCGAGGAGGCGUGGCCACAGACAAGGCACGAGGCCUUGGAUUCCAAAAGGCCGUCAACUAUGCCGGAGGAUACCAGGAGUGGUCUGAGAAAGAGGGGUGAUAAGUUGCACGAUUAGCCUGCAUUAUGAAAGCAGAGCAUAAAAACGCACAAAUGAUGCUCACAUUCUGCUGAAACAUGAAAUUACUAGUAUAUUUGUUAUAACAUUUUUCAUCACUUGCCUUUUUGUAGCUUUUAUUUGUUAUUACAGAUGUGUUCUAUAUGUUUUAAAAUAAAGAAUGUAUUAUUAUUUUUAACCGUGUUUUCCCAUAGAGCUCCACCUUCUCCAGUUUCUUCAAACCCUACAUCCCAUAGACAUAGAGGGGAAACCCCCGGGUUUGCCUGAUGGUUGAAAUGAGUCCGUUAUCGUACAUGUUGUGUACCGUAGACGGGUGUGUGCCUUUCCAAAUCAUGUAGUGUGUGUGUGUGUGUGUGUGUGUGUGUGUGUGUGUGUGUGCAUGUGCAUGAUGGUGAAAUGCCUUUGUUAUCAAAUCCCUGAGUGAGUAUUCUCCAUUAUUAACCUCUCCACUAAUUUAGCGUAAAGGGGCACCGUAAAAGAUGCUCGUCUGAGACUGAUUGGUUAACAUAGUGGAAUUUAGUGAUCGUUGCAUCUAUUGGCUUGGCAAUUGAAAAAUAUGAAAUAUCAGUAUGAUGUUGAUUAACAUACAGUACAUUUUGUAGGUAGAGGAAUAGCCUCAAACACACAGCAAGUCCCUCAUACUUGUCUUAUAUACAGUGAUGGAGGUUUGGUUUUGAUUUGCACACAGACGCUAGCAUAUGUGCUCAAGACAGGAAGUCAAGUAUAUCCCAACAUAAAAGCCUGCUAUCUAUUCUCACUGGGUUUUUUUUUUAAAUCAAAAAGCAUUUUAUGUAAUUGAAAGAAUAGAGAAAUUGAAAGAACACAUUUUGAUUUUACAUUUUUAUCUCCCAAGUUGUAUACAGACUUCUGAACAUUACUACUAUGUCCCCAAUGCUGACUGCUCUAUUGGUAAAUAUAAAACGUAUCCAAACUUAAAGUAAUAAUGCCUGUAUGGCUAGUUGUGUUUGCAUGUUCUAUUUGAACAUAAUUUCACUACAUUGAAACAGUAGUAUGCUCUCUGAGUGACAUAUACUGCAGUCCUCUCUUUUACGGUGUGGCAGACAUACUACUAGAAGGCAUGGAGGACCCAACAUGACAUCAAGCUGUAACUGAAUACAUAUUUCUCCAGUUCAGUGUUGUCCUCUAACAACGUUAUCACUCACAGGAUGGAUCAAAUCUCUCUGUUUGACCUGACAAAAAUGUAUUCAUCUUGUUAUAUAUCAUUAAAACUGGUUUAUUUAGUUGGA